AUGGGUAAUGGUGGAACGUAUCCACGUCCAAAUUAUCCUUAUCCAAAUGACAAUAUGGGUUUCAAUUAUCCAUAUUAUAAUCAUGGUAUACACACACCAGUUGUUUAUAGACCAUCUUAUGGUUAUCCAACAUAUUCUGGUAUAGGUUAUGGAAGAGGUUUUCAACAACCUUAUUCUCCAAUGAACAAUGGUUUUCAACCAGGAGUAUUUAAUAAUCAAAUAAUUGGUCGAGGUUUUUAUAAUUCACCUUAUUCUAAUUCUGGUGGUUUACAAUCAACACCACCUUCAGCUAGACCAAAUGGUCAUAUUCAUUUACAUCAUCCAGGUCACCAUCGACCACAUUUUGAUGAACAAUAA